ACAGCACCGCCACAACCAAGCUCCGGGUUCCAGCCACACCGUACAUAAUGACAUCGACUCCGCGCAUUACGGCCUGAAUCCAAAACCCAUCCCUGUUUCAAGUCAUUGGCAUAUAGCAGGACAAUGGAUUCAACGAUGUUAUGAAAAGAGAUGCUUCUAAUUGCCUACUUCUAAACUGUUGAAAAUGGCUACAGUGCGAAUCUGCGUCUGUGGGGAUGAAGGCACUGGCAAGUCCAGUCUCAUCACAUCCCUGGUGAAGGGUGUGUUUGUGACUCACAAGAUCCAGCCUAUCCUACCCCAGAUCACGAUCCCUCCUACCAUUGGAACUCCGGAGAAUGUCACGACAACGACGGUGGUCGACAGCUCCGCCCUACCGCACGAGCGCAGCAGUCUGGCAAGGGAGAUUCGCAAAGCAAAUGUGAUUUUGCUGGUAUACUCAGAUCAUUACAGUUAUGAAAGAGUGGCGCUAUUCUGGUUACCAUACUUCCGGUCUCUGGGGGUUAACGUGCCUGUGGUGCUGUGCGCUCACAAGGCGGAUCUCGGAUCGGACCACAGUGAAACACAGGUCAUUGAGGAUGAAAUGCUGCCGUUGAUGGCCGAGUUCAAGGAGAUAGACUCGUGCAUCAGGGCUAGUGCUCGGGAACACCGCAAUGUCAACGAGGCUUUCUUCCUCUGUCAGAAGGCGGUUACCCACCCGAUUGCACCGUUGUUCGAUUCGAAGGAGUCGUCUCUGAAGCCGGCAGCGGUUGCGGCAUUGCAACGCAUCUUCUACCUCAGCGAUAAGGACCGGGAUGGCUAUCUUUCGGACAAGGAAAUCAAGGAUUUCCAAAUGAGAUGCUUCGAGAAAGCACUGAGCGAGGAGGAUUUGGUUCACAUCAAAGAAACUAUCCAGAAGACGUAUCCCGCUUCUGUGGCCCCGUCGGGAGUUGAUUGCAGGGGCUUCAUCCACUUGAACAAGUUAUAUGCGGAGAAAGGGCGUCAUGAAACUGUCUGGAUUAUCCUGCGGGCGUUUCAGUAUACCGACAAUCUCUCGCUGCAGGAGAAUUUUCUUCACCCCCGGUUCGAGGUCCCUCCGUUUGGGUCUGCAGAAUUGUCGCCAGAAGGCUACCGAUUCUUCGUGAAUCUCUUCCUCCUGUCAGACAAAGACAAUGACGGCGGCCUCAACGAUGCCGAACUGGCGUCCUUGUUUGCACCCACGCCCGGCUUGCCCGCUUCAUGGGCGGAUGGCUCAUUUCCCUCAUCGACAGUCCGCAACGAAGCGGGUCAUGUCACUCUUCAAGGGUGGCUUGCGCAAUGGAGUAUGACUACUUUUACAUCUCCUAAGACGACCUUGGAAUAUCUCGCCUACCUAGGAUUCGAAUCGUCAGACCGAAGCAAUCCAUCAACGACCGCGGCGUUGAAAGUCACGCGGCCACGCAAGCGUCGACGGCGUCCGGGGCGCGUCGGACGAAAUGUCGUCCUCGGCCAUGUGCUAGGUCCUCCGGGUUCCGGCAAGUCUGCGCUUCUAGAUGCCUUCUUGUCACGCGGCUUCAGUCCUACCUACCACCCGACUAUCAAACCCCGGACCGCGGUGAAUACAGUCGAGCUGCCCGGAGGCAAGCAGUGCUAUCUAAUCCUGGAUGAACUAGGUGAGCUGGAACCGGCUAUUCUCGAGAACCAAGCCAAGCUGGACCAGUGCGAUGUGAUCGCAUACACCUAUGACUCGUCGGACCCCGAUUCUUUUGCCUACAUCCCAGCAUUGCGUGCAAAAUAUCCACAUCUGGAAGAACUCCCGAGCGUGUUCAUUGCCCUCAAGGCCGAUCUAGACCGGACCACCCAACGAGCCGAGUACCAGCCACACGAAUAUACCGCCUUGUUGAAUAUGCCCAGUCCACCGCUCCAUGUUAGCGCCACUUGGAGUUCUAUCCAGGAGGUGUUCGUACACAUUGCCGAGGCGGCGAUGGAGCCCAGCACCGCGUUUCCCCGGAGCGAAGAGGAAGACGAAGGUAAAUGGAUGGCUUGGGGGAUUGCCCUGGGGGCGGUAGUAUGUGCGGGGGCUGCUGCGGUUAUGAUCUGGCGGCGAGUCAGCGGUAGUGGAGUAUGAAGCUUCGAGUUGCACUUAUCUAGAUACCCAUUGGGAUUGUCUUUCACGUUUCAUCUAUAUUGCUUGCUAGUUGAGACCGGUAUAUGGAGUACAAGGUGUAUUCAAGUACUGAACAUGAACUGGUGGCCCCUAUUACCGCCAGAUUGUGAGGACGAAUUCGCGUGCAUUGGAGAUGAACUCAGGCUAAGAUUACUCCGUCAUUACGUAGUAGGCUGUGAUCUAUCGGGACUCCAGAUUUGACAACAAUCGAUAUUACAGCCGACAAUCAUCUUCCUAGUCUGGAAAUUGGAGGUUGGAGCCAUACGCCAUGCUCCAACCCGCCUUGACAGCUCAGGAUGCGGCCCGGGGGCACUCCAUAGCAGUGUAUUCAAGAUGACACACAGAACAUACCAUAAUGGGCAUUAGGUCCAAAACAAUGGUUUUUAGACAGAUAUUCC